GCUUGAAUAUAGUCGUGCGCAGUUCUCACUGAGGAUCAGUCGCGUUGAUCGAUGCCACAACUGCUGGAUACAAAAGAGGGUGACGCCGAAAAAAUCUCCACGAAGCACAAACGCUCUGCUCGUAUUAUCAGUAUUCUGUCCCCUCUUUGCUAACCGCUCUCAGCAGCUCCCGCAAGAGAGAGAGUGACAGAGUCUCAAACAUGGCGUCGGAGUUCUCUAAAGGCAAAACGCUAGUGGUUUUGGCCAUUGUGAUCGGCUGUUUCGCCAUCCUUUGGCCGAAGAUCUUUUACCCCAUGUUCCAGGCUUCGGUGGCACCGACGACGUUACAGCAGCAGCCGAUCAAAGAGCCAGCAGGUGCUCUAUGCUGUGGCGUGGUGUUCGAGAGCGAUGCCAGCUCGAUGGCCUUCCUGAACGAGUUGUGCAGUCAGGUGUUGAAGAAUCGGGAAGGGAUUUCACCGGACCGGACGCUUUCCCUCUGCCACCACGAGCUGAUGAACAAGUGCGGAAUCGACUUGGAAGAUGUGGUCAAGUCGGACGUGGACGGAGCUGUGGUCGAUCGACGGCUGAGCAGCAAAUUCCACGGUCGCGUUCGAGCGCAGAACCUCACCAGUUGUCUGGAAAUCAACUUUGGCAUCGACGAAAACCUAGUCAGGGCUAAGAAGAGCUACCACAGACCUUCAGAUGUGCUCUAUCCACGACAUAUGCGACCUGAGCGACCUCCCCAUUUGCAUCCGGACAUGAUGCAUCCGGCACUUCGCGAAAAGGGAAGAGUCAUACCACCCACACGCACCAUCGAAAAACAGGCCAAGCCCGGCCCUAUGCCCGGAAUGCGUCCGCCCAUGGGAGGAGCCCCUCACAUUGUUUCGCCUUCCCAAGGAUCCGGUGGCAUGGGCAUCCUAAUGCCGAUCUACACAAUUGGCAUCGUCGUUUUCUUCCUUUACACAAUGAUGAAGAUCAUGUUCAAAAAGCCUGCAUCUGAAGAGGAAACCAUACCUCGCAUUAAAGACUUCCAUAUGGAUGCAGAGCAUCGUAAAUACCUUUUUGCGGAAGAGUAUUGUUCCGGAGUUCCAGGCGCGGUGUCGGAAAUGUCCGUCAAAGAAUAUGCCAUUCUACAGGAACAACAAAGACAAUUGUUGCUUCAAGAGCAGAGAAGGAGUCGCUCCAAAACCCCAGAAGUCUUCGCCAAAAAAGAUGAAGAAUUGAAACCAGUUUUGGAGCACGUAUGUCAAAAGACGGAAGUGGUUGCUGAAGAAAGCGUUAACAAAUCAGAACCAGCUCAAGAGGAAUCUGUAGUGGAAGAAAUUGUAGAGGAGGUGAUCAUCCCGCGUAGCCCCAAAAUGGACACGGAAGGCAAACCGAUUGGUCAAUGGUACCUGCCACCAGGAUUUGCCAGCGGACAUGCUGCAAGCGACGAUGAGAACGAGACGGGUUCUGAUGACAUUGAUCUCAACGACGCCGAUGAACGUUCACUCCGCCUGGCUUUUGCCGCACUCAAAGCCCAGAAGGAGGAGGAAGUGGAUCAACUGCGCCGCCGACUGGAGGAGACUGAACGAGCCAUGGAGCGUAUCUGUCGCCAAAUGGGUGACGUCACUGAUAAACUUUCAACUUCUGCCGUAGCCGACCUUCUCACCCCGCAACUGUCUUCUGAUAAGACUAACGAAGAACUUGCGGAUGAAAACGAUCAAGAAUGCAGACCGGGCCAACUGGAAGAACAAGUUAGUCUGAAUACUCCAGAGGAAGAAAGCAAAGACUUUUCAUUACCCGAAUCGGUGAAGAUCGCUGUGCUUCAGAGCUCGCAAGAGAUCCAAGAUCCAGUUGAAGAGGAGUUUUGCCGAACGUCAACCGCUGAGAGUGAAUCUUUCCUUCGCUCGUUUGUACGCAGAUUGCCAUCUGAAAGGCAGCCAAGUGAAGUGGAAGAAGAAAUUGUGACAGAGAACAUUCUGUCUGCAACUUCUGCACCUGUAGUUGAAACUGUCCAAGAGCAAGAGAGUCAACCUCAAGUUGAAGUAACAGUAGACGAAAAGCUAAUAUCCGAAACCGAAUCCGCUAAAGAAGAAGUCAAAGCACAGGAAGAACCAAUCCACGUUGAAAUCCAAGAAGUGGUUGAAGAGCUAUUGAAAUGUGAAGUUGAGUCUGUUCGAGAGCCGAUACAAGAAGAUGCAGUCGAAGAAAAACCUACGCUGGAAGUCGAAUCUGUCGAGGAGCAUCCGGUCAUGCAAGAGGAAGUAGUAAGUCAGCUCCACACUGAAGCAGAAUCGGAACCUGAGCUUAGACAGCAAGGGCAUGCCAAACCAAAUGAGGGAGAAUGGUGUUUGCAAGCCAGUGAAAUAAAUGAAGAAUCACGAGAACCAGAAAUCGCACCAGAUGACGAACAGAUACAAGACGAGGAAUGCCGGUUACAAGAAAAAGUUCAAGAAACAAUUGUAUCACAAGUGGAGGCUGUACCGGAGUCACCUGUCAUACAAGAGGAAGAAACCAGCCAAUCUUAUGCCGAAGAACCGCAACCAUCGGAUGCAGAAGUCACCUCGGUAGAAGAACAGACGCACGAAGAAGGAGGCCACUUACAAGUUGAAGAAACUGUUAAAAAAACGUUGGCAUCAGAAGUGGAGUCUGUAUCGGAAUCAUCUGCCAUGCAAGAGGACGAAAUUAGCCAAUCUUAUUCCGAAGAAACGAAACAAUCGGAACCAGACGUCACAUCUGUUGAAGAUAAGACACCAGAAGAGGGAUGGCAGUUAAACGUUGAGGAAACUGUUGAAAAAACCGUAGCAUCACAAGUGGAGCUUGUACUGGAGUCCCCUGCCAUACAAGAAGAAGAAAUCAGCCAAUCUUAUGCCGAAGAAACGGAACUUACACAAGAGUUUGCCAAUUCUAAAGAGGAUGAGGACAGCUUGCUGGCUACUGAAGCCAACGAAGAAGUGCUGGAAACCAAGGAGUCCACCCAAGAACUAUUACAGCCAGAGGACUACCAAUUGGUGAACGAUAACACAAUCGAAGAGACGCCCACACCUAAAGCUGAAUCCAACGUCGAAUUUGUUCACGAACAGAUACAUAAGGAUCCACUUCUGACUGAAAAAACUGUUGAAUCUGAACAACAGGUGGAUGAUACGGAAUGCCAGUCGCAAACAGAGCUGGUAGUCGAGGAGAAGACUACACCUGAACCGGAAUCUCAUGUCGAACUUAUUGACCAACAACUUGCCGAGGAAGAAUGUCAAUUAUCGACUGAGAUCGUCGAAAGAAAAACAUCUGAAGAUCAAUAUCCGGUCGCCUUUGAUGAAGAAGAGAUUCAAGACGGCGCAUACCAGUUGCAGUCCGAGAACACUACCGAAGAAAAGUCGACUUGUGAAGCUGAAUCUCUAGUUGAAUCAGUCCAUGAAGAGACACAAGAGGAAUGCCUGUUGUUGACUGAGAAAACAGUCGAAGCCCCAUCUUCAGUUGAUUUGACUGAACAGCAGAUAGAAGAGACGGAAUGUCAGUUGCAGACUGAGUUGAUAGUUUCGGAGAAGACUGUAACUGAACUAGAAUCCCAAGUCGAAAUUGUUGACCAACAGGCUGCUGAGGAACAAGGUCAGUUGCCUACUGACAUCACUAUCGAAGAGAAGACAUCUGAAAAUGAAUCUCCAGUCGUCCUUAGUGAAGAAGAGAUACAUGAGGAAUGCCAGUUGCAGUCUGAUAACGUCAUGGAAGAAAAAUCGGCAUUUGAUGCAGAAUCUCCAACUGAAUUGGGUCAGGAAGAUAUACAAAAGGAAUGUCCGUUGUCAAUUGAGAAAACUAUUGAAGAGCAGCUUACAUCUGAAGCCGAAUUGCCAGUUGAAUUGGCUGAAGAACAGAUGGUAAAGGAAGAAUGCCAGCCGUACACAGAGCUGAUUGUCGAGGAAAAUACUGUUUCUGAACUGAAACCCCCAGUCGAAGUUGACGACGAACAGGUUGCUGAAGAAGAAUGUCAUUUACCAGAUGAGACUGCUGUCGAAACAUCUAAAUCUCUAGUCGAUUCGGUUCAUGGACACGUAGAAGAAGAAGAACGUCAGUCGCAGACUGAGACUACUGUUCAAGAGGAACCCUCAUCUGCUGCUGAAUCCCAGGUAGAAUUUGUUCGAGAGCCAACCCACGAUCAGGAAAAUCAGGUGCAUAUCGAAGAAGCUUUUGAUGAGCAACUUAUUUCUGAAAUUGAAGCUCAAAUCGAGUGUCAUCACGAUCUUGCACAUGAAGAGGAAAAUCAACCUGAAACUAAAGAAAGAGUUGAAGAAUUGAAAUUAUCUAAAGUUGAAUCUGUCCAGCAGACAGUGGCCCACGAUGAAAAUGUUAUCCAAAUUGAAGAAGCAGCUGCGGAGCAAUCAACACCAGAAAUCAAACCUGCCUUCGAACAAUCUUACACACAAGAAGCAGGGCAAAGCCAAUCUUUCGAGGAAACUCCUCAAUCAGAACAGACCCUUGUUCAAGAGCCCUCAGAAGAAAGCAAUUCUGAAGGGGUUGAAACAGUUAAGGAAGCGCUUGUGCCCGUUUCCGAACCAGUUCACGAAUACGUACAAGAGGAAUGUCAGAAGCAAAUUGAGCAGCCUGUCGAAGAGUUGCAAAUGUCAACAGUCGAAUCUGUCCAGGAUGAGGCGGAAAAAGAGGAAGCCGGUCCGACUGAAGAAAUAUUGGACAAGAAACCUGAAAAUGAAUGUGAUCAGGAAAUGUCUAGUAAACAAGAAGAUGAUAAAUUGCAAAUAGAAGAAACAGAAACUAACCAGGAGUUUACCAAUUCAGAAGAGGGAGAAAGCAGCUUGAUGGACGGUGAAACAAUCGAGGAAAUAUUAGAAUCCGAAAUCGAUUCUGUCCGAGAUCUAACUAUUGCCGAAGAUGAACAAACAAAUAUUGAAGAUAUUACUGAAGAUGGCUUGGAAGUCGAAACAGAUUUUGUUGCUGAAAUACCUGAAAUGCCAAAAGACGAAACUCCGAAUAAAGUUGAAGAAGUUUCCCAAGUCGAAGGGGUUCCAGAAAGACAAGUAGAACCUAUUUUGCAAUCAACGGACGUAGUGCUACAGGAAAGCCAACAGAAAGUUGAAGAAAUUGUCAUUGCUACUCCUUGUAGUAAACUUAAACUCCAGGAAGCCAAUGCAUCUAACGUUCGUCAAGGAUCAGAGGAACGAAAAAUGACCGUAAACGUCUGUGGCAUGGACGUUACAGCGUGCAUGGAAGACUGCGGAAAGAUGCCGACUGGUUUGCUGCCUAAAGUAACAGAAAAACACCACGUAGUUAAACACGAGCCCCAUGACAUGGACAGAGUCAUUUCCGUAUUUCUGGAUACAGCCAUCAGACCAGACAGCCAUCUGGUGGUCUCCGAGGCUGAAUGUUCCGCCGAAAUUGUUCCUCCAGAGCAGCUGGAUCUCGACGAAAACGAGUACGAAACGAGUCCGGUUGUCUUGUCAGGAAAGAUGACGCUUUCUGUGAUCGGAAUGGAACUGAACGCAGAAUCUCCAGAACUUCAAGAAGAACCGCUUUACACCGUCGAGGAACCUGAUGCAGCUCCCCGUGUUCGGUUUUCCGAGCCGACUGACAGAAUCUUUUUGAUACCAGUCGAUCCGGAGGAAGAGUUGAUUCCAGAUGACUCAUAUUCACGACAGGACGAAUUUAGAACAGAAGAAGAGGACGAGCAGAUUGAAAAUCCAUCCGUAGCGUAUCGGCCUCCUACACCCCCUCUUCAGCAUCUGGAUGAUAACGGUGAUACAGAAUUUUUAACUUAUGAACAGCUAGAAGAAGUUGGUGAGGUGGAUGUCUCUGCUGAGGAAAUUGAAAAAGAAUAUCAUCAGGAAAUUCCAGUUCCGGAAACACCCGUUCCCGAAACUUCGAUGGAAGAGACAACGGAAAUAUUGGACACUGUUCGUUCAGAAGAUUCAACUUUACUUGAGACUGAAUUACCGGUAGGAGUUGACCAAUCUUUGAUAGACGCAGUGGAGUCACAAAUCAUUUCAGCCGAAGAAAAGGAAGCUUUAGAGGAAAGCAAAAUUCACGUUUCAGACGUGUCUAAUUAUGUUGAGAACGCUGAAGCUAUUCCAGCCGUCGACGAACACAUCAGCAUAGGACAGAUGGUGGAAAAAAUUAGGGUGGCUAUGGAGGAAUCUUCGCCUAUAACUGUGGAUGUCGUGUCGUCGGUGGAAGAAUCCGUACAGACCAAAUAUACCGAAGACGAAUCAUUCGUGUCAUCAAAUGAUGUCACGUUUGAGCAAGACCCAACAGUUGACGAAUGCGUUCCAACGAAGACUACCAAACCGGGACGAUCCAUACAGAGUGCUCUUGAUGAAAUGGUGGAUUCCAUCAUUACAGAAUCCAUAGCAGAUUCCGUUGUCGAGUCUCUUCGCAGAGAAGAAUGUGAUACGUUGACUGAGAAUGUCAACACCAGUUCGGAAAAUCCGGAAGAUGUAACCGGAUCGCCAUCGGCAAAGACAGAUAAACUGCUGGAUUCAGAAACAGAAAAAGCCCUCCUCGAUGCAGACCAUCAAAUCUUAUCUACAUCAGACUCGGUUGCAGAAGCAGAUGAUUUCGAGCGAAAUCGUGAAGUGGGAGAAAUGGAACACGCUCUGGAACAGAUUGAAGUGAGCCUACACAAAGCGGAACAAUCAAGGCAAAUGGAAGAAGAGGAGGUGAAAAAUGUACCCAACCAAACGGAGGGGUAUAGCGAAGACGUUGAAUCGGAGCCAUCAAUUAGCGGCUUUAUCAUUCGUGAAGAUUUCCCGGAAGAGGACGAAACACAGCCCAUGACUGAAGAAGAGAUCCUGCAAGCUCGGCAGGAAAUUGAAGAGAUCAAGAAACUAUUGGCCGAUGUUUCCUCUGGGGUAGUCCACCAAUCCCAAGUAUCAACUGGAUCUUCGAACAUCGUCACAGAAUUGGCUUAUGCUAUGGCUGAAGAAGCUGCUUCAGCAGCUGCUGCAAGCAAAGGGUCAUCACCUGAUAUGGAUGAAUACGAAGUCAUUCAGUCAACCAGACCAGCAGAAUCCUCAGAAACUUCACUCGCGGCAGCAGGUGCCAUCGCAUCAGAAAAACCCACUUCCACAAACAACGACAGUUAAGACAUUAACAUUUAAACAUCAGGAGCAUUCAUCCGACAAAAUCACGAGAUCGAACACCUCGAACGAUAAUAUUUGGUCAAUUCCUCUUGUUACCUGUAAAAAAGUAAAGAUCAAUUUCAGAGAACUUUUAUUGUAGCUGUGCAGAUAUUUUUAGCUCCAGGUAGCUGAGAGGAAAGUGGUCAUCAAAAAUCCAAAUCAACUUCUUAUUUUCUCACACACGCCUUAAAGUCUUGUUUGUAAUCGAGGCAGUUAUCCUGACGAGCUCUUCCCUUCGUAAGAAACUGGUCUCCUCUUCUCUUCAAAAACUUCCUUGUCUUGUGUUAUCCCACCGCAGUUACUGUCCUGAUAUUUUAAAUGAUUCUAAGUAUUUACGUCUGCUUUUUGACCUUUUUUCUUCCUGUACGAGUUCGUCAGUAGAAAUUAGAUUUCUAUGGUGUGAGACAACCAAUACAAUCAAGGUAAAGAUA